AUGUAUCUCCGUGCUGUCCACGCAGAAACGAGCAUUGCAGCUUUGCGCCAACUUAUACGCGAUAACCCACUUGGUGUCUUGACAACAGCCAUCCCAUCAGCAACCUACCCUCUUAUUCAGUCUACUCACAUCCCCUGGGUCCUGGAUGUCGACGACGAGUCAAAUGAGGAAGAUCUGGGCCGAUUGAGGGGUCAUCUUGCGAGAGCAAACCCACAGAGUAAGGCCAUGAUCGACUCAAUAAAGUCACGGACCAGCGACUCCUCAGCUUCUUUCCUUGAACAGGAGGUCCUGGUUCUCUUCACCUCUCAAGUCCACCACUACGUCACACCCAAGUUUUACGUUGAAACCAAACCUACGACUGGCAAGGUAGUGGGGACCUGGAACUAUGCUGCCGUACAAGCAUACGGCCGCGCCAAGAUCUAUCUUGAUCAUACAUCUGAGGAGUCAUCCAGCUUUUUGAUGAAGCAGCUUGGAGAGCUCUCAGAUCAGAGUGACAGACGCAUAAUGGGCUAUACCGGCACCGACGGGAAGCCCUCACCUUGGAAGAUCUCAGAGGCUCCAGAGAAGUAUAUCGAGCUUCUCAGGAAAGCCAUCAUCGGCAUCGAAAUCGAGAUCGACAGGCUCGAGGGUAAGGCCAAGAUGAGCCAGGAGCUGGCUCAAGGCGACCGAGACGGUGUUCUCGAGGGUUUCCGAGCAAUGGACUCCGACCUUGGCCAUGCCGUAGCGAAUAUGGUGGAGGAGAGGACACCUAUUAAGGUGAACGGCUCUAGUUGA